AUGGCUGCCAUGGGUAUGGGAAGAGGAGCAGUAGCACUCAUGCCAUCAUUGACCUGGGAAUUAGGUUCAGGUAUCCUGUGGGGGUCUAUGUUAUCUCUUAAUGCUACCGGAGUGGCACUUGUUCAUUUGCUACUCUGUCUUGAAUGGAAGAUAGGGCCUUGGUCAGAGAGAGGAUGCUCUGAACUUGGCCAAGGACCUAGAGCCCAUGGUGAUUUUUUUGGCUUCUUCUCUGAUGUCUGUCUUGCUCUUCAGCACAACUUCCCAAAGGUGGAUGGGAAAAAAAGAUGGUGGUGUCAAAGGUUAAAACUGGUGUAUGGCAGAACUAGGGACCUUCUGUGCUUUUUUGCACAGAUGACUGGAAACUGA